AUGGCUCCCAAACCCACUUCACCUUCACUACCGUCCACCGGUGUCGGAGCUAUGCCGGGUCCGUCCACGGCAGCUCGCGUUUCUUCCCAGCAUGAGCGGCUACUCUUAGAACUACUCCCCUUCAAGGAGGCGAGCAAAUUCCAUGAAUGGCUCAACAGCCCCUUUACGGCGCGUGAUGCGCUCAACUCCCGCAAACCAAAGUACCUGGUGUAUCACCCGGACAAGACGGGCUGGACCCCAGAGGACCACUACGUGCGCUUCAUAAUCACCCUUGUCGCCGACAACAUGCUCCAGAGCUUAUGGUCCGAAUCAGAGUGGAAAAAGCGAGGCCUUGACAUUGCCAAGGCCGCCUAUGAAGUGCUCAUCUUCCUCAAGGCUACCUUGUACGCGGAUCCCAACCCGCCGAGUUACUCGGCAUGA